GCGGGGUGCACGUGUCGGGGGCGCACCCCGAGCGCGGAGCCCCCGGCGCCGGCCGGGAUGUUCGUGCUGGUGGAGAUGGUGGACACGGUGCGAAUCCCGCCGUGGCAGUUUGAGAGGAAGCUCAACGACUCCAUCGCCGAGGAGCUGAACAAGAAGUUGGCCAAUAAGGUUGUGUACAACGUGGGACUCUGCAUCUGUCUGUUUGACAUCACCAAGCUGGAGGAUGCGUAUGUGUUCCCGGGAGACGGUGCGUCACACACCAAAGUCCAUUUCCGCUACGUGGUGUUCCACCCCUUCCUGGACGAGAUCCUGAUCGGGACGAUUAAAGGCUGCAGCCCCGAGGGCGUGCACGUCUCCCUUGGGUUCUUCGAGGACAUCCUCAUCCCCCCUGAGUCGCUGCAGCAGCCGGCCAAGUUUGACGAAGCGGAGCAGGUGUGGGUGUGGGAGUACGAGACAGAGGAAGGCGCCCACGACCUGUAUAUGGACACUGGAGAGGAGAUCCGCUUCCGGGUGGUGGACGAGAGUUUUGUGGACACGUCCCCCACGGGGCCCAGCUCUGCGGAGGUUGCCUCUUCCAGUGAGGAGCUGCCCAAGAAGGAGGCGCCGUACACGCUUGUGGGGUCCAUCAGCGAGCCAGGACUGGGCCUUCUCUCCUGGUGGACCAGCAACUAGCUGGGGGCUCAACCACGGACCCUGCCUUGGAAGUGCUGCAGCAGGAAGUCACACAGAGUGGAGGCACAGGACAGAGCUAGCCCCGCUCCUCAGCUCUGUCCCUCCAGAAGCUGCCUCCAGAACGCCCCAACCUGGGACUUUGUGACAGGAGACAUUAAAGAGUCACCACACCAGUGUGGAAGGA